AUGUUGGCCAAGAAACUGCAUUUAGAAGCUUCUGUGCUUGCCUGUAUGAUAUUUGGCCUGAUUAGCGUCCAAGGUAAAAUUAUAGUAACGAUUUUCAUUUGUUAAAUCGUGAGAAGAAACGAUAGCCUGCGAACAGUCGCCUCUCUUCACUCCUCCCCUAUUGGGAUGUUUCUCCUCCUAGCGAAACUUCCCAGGAGGGAGGGGGUGAGGAGAGACGGUUGUUUUCGCAGGCUAGAGAAAAGACUGAUGUUUGUAAAUUUAAUGUUAUUAGUGUGAAAUACAUAAUUAGGUUGUUUGACAGUACAAUUUUGAUAAUGUAUAGGCUCUAGAGUAACAUUCUAUGGCUUAGUUAUUCUUACCAGAGAAAAUACUUGAACAAGAAAUAGAGAGCAAAUGCGUUAUACAGAACAGCAGAGCUUAACUCAGAUUCGUUUUGUACAGUUUACAGGGUUACAAGCAACUGACAGGUUCCAUGUCAAAGCAAGCAGGCAUAUCGAUUCUUGGCACCACUGCUAGGAUUUUAGUAGGGAUGAAGGAAAAUAUCAGUGCUUUAACAAUACGUCCCACAACCCCUCCCCCCCCCCGCCUCCCGAGAGUAAACUCUAUUGAUCAGCCCCUUUUCCCUUGGCGUAUGCUUGUCAUGCCAAAAACGUUCAAGGGCUAAUCCUGUGUAAUAUUAAUGAUUUUGUCUCGUCCUAAAUUCUUGCUUUUCAGGCUUCUCUUGUCCUAGCUGCAGGGCGGCGGGGGAUGAUAGGGAACAGGUAUUAAUGGAUUGUGAAGUACACGCUGUCGACAACGAGUGCGUUAAAGAAGGAGCCGCAGCAGUUUGUGAGGUCAUGCUGCUCGAUGUCCCAAGUAAACGAGUGAGAAUUAUUCGUCAGUGUACUACUAAGAAAAUGCAUGAGGAAAACAAACAAAACUGCAAUCCCCAGGAAAAUAUAAUGUGUCCGCAAAGGACAAUUUGCACUAAAUCGGGAUGCAGAGCCCCUUUACCAGAAGGUAUGCAUGUU